AUGGCGGCCUCGCCAAGUUCCACUACAGGGACCGCAAAGCUGGCCACACCGUCACAGCCACGGCCCACCAAGGUAGUUCGAAUACUCCCAGCAAACAGGCCGGGAGCUGAUCGCGAAAGCGAGUCCUACGAUGAGACAGCACGGAUCAAGAUGGCAGAACCAGGUCGGGGCUAUCACCAGGCACCCAACAACCAAGGCGGGUGGACAACAUUAAAGGCCGUCCUAUUUCCCUGGGGAUACGCCUUCCCUGACCCUAACCGCAGCGAAAAAUGGCCAUGUUCUGUUGCUGGUUGCGGCAUCAACGCAAAAAAUACAAUAGGCCUUGCAAAGCAUUGGAGAAGCGCACACAAGCGCAUCGCUUUCAGAGACAACGGGGAUGGAACCAUCACAAACAUCGGUUCUUGUGAUGUGUCUAUGGUCGUUGCACAGGCACCAUGCGUAAUUGCGGCAAAUUCUUCGAUGAGAUCGUUCUUCAUUUUAUUCGUUCCUUCCUCUACAUUUCUUCAUUUAAUUCCUUCCUCUAUUGAGUUCUCCUAUACCUCCUCGCCGGACUUUGGUAUCGGUACGACUCUCCACAUAAGCCUACAAGGCACUAAUAUUCUCGGAAAGGGCAACACAAGUUCUAAGCGUCGAAAAGAUGCAGACCAGUCCCAAUCAGCUAGGAAACGAACCCGACGUUCUGAUAAAGACGUUAAUAACCGUGGCAACAUUGAACGUACCAACAACGGUGAAGACGAUGAUGGCAACAAUGGUGGGGCAAACGACAGAAGUACAGACGACGGCGGCGAUGAUGGCGACGAUGACGAAGACGACGAAGACGAAGACGAAGCCGAAGCCGAAGACGAAGACGAAGAUGAAGACGAAUAUGAAGACGACGAUGAAGACGAAGAUGAAGACGAAGAAUCUGGAAGGAGUCAGACGCUCAGACAAAUACUGGACCGUGAACAUGAAGUUCUGUUGAGGCAGGCCAACCCAACAGCCUACUACACUGAGGACAUGUUCGAAACGCUAUUUGCUGAGUUGAGCAAAAAGCACAAGCAACACGCCCACGUGCACCUGGUCCCGGCCUCUAUGUGGCAUUCUCUGAGCAGCAUGGAAUACACCGUUCCGCCGUCUGCCAGGGCCUGCGAUUUCCUUGUAUUUCCCGUAAACCACAGGUCCCACUGGUCCGUCAUUUUUGCGGAUCUCCGGGGGAGGCACCUUCCGUGUCCGGCAGAAGGCCCGGGUGCGCUGCCGUUCCUGAGUGCCGUUCUGGAUCCAUUUGGCCACGAACUCUAUGUCGAGGCACAUAGGGUUGUCAAAUUUCUCAAAAAAUAUGAGUUUGCGCAACCUGCCCCUGGCCAGACCGAAUUGAUUUCCAGACUCGACCUGGCCCAUGACCUGCCACGCACGCCCCACGACGAGAAGGGCCUCUUUGUCCUACGAGGGCUGGCUUGCUUCCUGCACAACCCGGGGGCUUUUUUUGAGAACGCGAUUAAGCGACCUAGCGUAUGGGCAGCAGAAGGCAUACCCACAUCCGAGUCGGCCCACACGUCCCACGACGAGGUUAUGCAAACCCUCGAGGCGAAAAUGCUCGAGUCGGCAGCCGACCAGUACGUGCGGGACUUUAAGAUGUCGACACAGGGCUACUAUAAAGCGCUUCGCCGCCUUGUCGGAAAACGCUUCCUCUGUGACGAUAGGCAUUCCGAGGAGUCCGAAAGCGAGGCGAAUGAGCCCUCGGACGAGGCAAAUAUCGGUACGGAGCGACCGGCUGUUGUCGAACCAGCCAGCACCGAGCCACCCAAUCUCGAACCCAACGGCGGCUUGCCGGGUUCUGCGUCUACUGAGCCUGUCGAGCCUGAACCUGCCGAGACUGACGAGCCACCCGCCACUGAGACCCUUUCUCCAGAACCCGAAGAACGGUCCACCAUCCAUGUGGCUUUUCAACAAGCCCCUAGAAGCCGCAAUGUGUCCCUUGCCCGCUCCAAAAACAUGGUUCUCAGCAGGGAUCCGGAGCCCAUUGCGACAAUCCCUCGUCCUGAACCAACGACACGCCUCCCUCCCUUUACCCAAGCCGCCGAGGCACAAAUGGAGGUCGUCGACAACCGUGAUGACGACGACGAUCUAUACGUGGGCGGAAGGCCGGCGGAAUCGAAACCGACAAUCACGGGCCAACAUGCCUACGAUAGGUUCGAGACGAAUUUCAUCUUCACGCGUCGAGAGACUCCCGGUCCACGAAGCGCAUGA